UCCAAGAAUAAGACGAAGGACAAUGUCAAAAACUAAAUCUUCUUCCAUAAUGUCGGAUGUGGUCAAACCGGUCGAAGUUGUAGAAAACGAAUCGAAACAUCGGCUGAGAUCGCGGAAAAACAUCAACUACAUGACGCCACCUUUGGAGGAAGACAGCUUUCAGGAUAAACCGGAUCUGGAACCUGUACGUUUUGAGUAUAAGGAGUAUAGAGAGUUGAGGUCUAGUACAAGAGCAUUAGCCAAACUCACGUCGCUGACAACCGAUAAAGAAUUGUGGGAUUCAGGACGGCCAAAAAGGUCGUGUAUUAACAGAUCUAAGAGAGUUUCGGCAGAUGAACGGCUAGUAUCAGAUAAUAAGACAUAUUACAAAGUAGAAGUUCUAUCAAACAAACUUCGUUCAAAUGAAAAGGACAAGGAAUCCACAAAACAGCAGCAGUCAAAAACAAACGAUACUGAUAAAGGACUCAUUGUCAAAUUCAAAAAACUUCGAAAUUCUGAGCUAGUUCAAUUGAAUAAUGAGGCAACAAACUUUUUGUUCCCUAAAAAGGACGAGUCGAGUGAGGAUGAGGAAGAGGGCCAUGAGGAUGAGACAAAUGAGACUGAAGAUGAGGUCAAGACCGAAUCUGAACCAACUGAAAUAACAUCUUCGAGUGAGCUUGAAGAAGUUAAACCGCCGGAUAAAUUCAAGGUUGAAGAGGAAUGUUCAUUGGACAGUAUCUCAUCGGAAUGUAGAAAGAGGCGGAAAAGAAGAAGUCAUGCCGAAGCUUUUAUAAUGGAUAAUCGCGCAUACAAAUUUGAAACGCUAGGGUCAAGGUACUGGUUCAAGUAG